UCUUUGGGACUUUUUUUUUCUCUCUAAUAUUUUUUAUUUUAUUUCUAAUUUGAUCCUCUCGUACUCUUCUUUAAUAUUCUUUAUUUCUCUGAUCCUUGUCUCUUGUCAUAUUCAACCUUGCCUCUCUCUACUUCGCUCGACUGUUUCGCUCAUCACAACAACACAAUCCUCCGAUUCCUGUCGGCCGUAAUCAGCCCCAUAUACGGAUACCAUCGGAACGUCGAUACCGGUAAAAGACAAACGCCAAGGGCGGAACAUCCCCUUUAUUUUUCAACCGUCGAGGUGAAGAGAAAAGGAAAAAAGAGCAGGACGUUAGGAGAGUCGAUAAACAGAGAUACCCAGAGUUAUCACUCAAAGAUGGCGCUAUCACCAGGGGCGGGCAAGAUCACCGACAAGAUCGCGAUGUUGGGUGAAGGCGGUGUAGGCAAGACGUCGCUGACAGUGAAUCUCACAAAACAUGUCUUCUCCGAGACGUAUGACCCGACGCUGGAGGACAGCUACAGGCGCCAGUGUGUCAUCGACGGCAUCCCCAGCCACCUAGAGAUCCUGGACACGGCCGGGCAGGAGGAGUACGGUGCGCUGCGGGAGCAGUGGAUACGGCAGAACGAGCUCUUCGUCAUCGUGUUCGACGUGACGCGGCGGUCGAGCUUCGAGGCGGCCGAGAGGCUCUUCGAGGAGGUGAUCCAGACCAAGCGCAAGCUCGACGAGACCAGGCGGCACCCCGGAGACCGACACCCAGACGACCUCCCCUUCGCGCCGAGCCUCGUAGUCCUGGUCGGCAACAAGUGUGACCUGGACACGCGGAGGGAGGUCGGCACACUCGAGGGCUCGAGCCUGGCCAAGAAGCUGGGCUGUGGCUUCGUCGAGACGAGCGCCAAGCUGGGCACCAACGUCGAGGAGGCCUUCUUCUCCGUCGUCCGCGCGGACCGGCGGCGCAAGCGCGAGGUGACCGACGAGGAGCAGCGGCAGCGCAACGAGGAGCUGGCCGGCAUGGGCAUCAAGACGCCGAAACCAGGCAAGAUGAAGUUUCUGAAGAAGUUUAACAGCUUCCUACACCGGGAAUGAGGGAGAGAAUAAGACGAAGAGGAGGACAAGGAGGAGGAAGAUGGGCCACAGGACAUAUUGGAACUCCUACGAGACAUGCGACUGCGUACUUGGGAGAGAGAGCGAGGGAGAGGGAGAAAGAAAGAUUGGGAGGAAGGAAAAGAGAGUUCGGGUAGAUUCAUUGACGAGGCUUCAAGAUUGUUGAGCAUCAAUGGUGUUAUUUUUUUCAAGCAGAGCAGUUCAAUUUACUUACAGGAGGACAUCAUCAACAGCAAUAACACACAAGGGACACACACACAAGAAACAGGCUGGUAAUCAUGGCGGGAAAAAGGAUCCAUAAGAAAGAAAAAGACAAAAAAAUUCACUAAACUCCUCCGACCAAAACACCUAGGGACGACAAAAGGGCAUCCGGGACGGGUGAACCCAGCCGGCGCAACGGAAUGGGCUGGAUGGAUUCUUUUCUCCACGUUCUCAACGGUAGAGUCAAUGCCUAAAGACUCUAGCUUAAUUCUUGUACAUAUCAUACUUUAAUCCAAGAAUGAGCACUAUGCUUUGAUG